GUAUCAGGAUAGGCCGCCUUAUCCACAAGGACAGAAAUCCGACAUCCCUUUUCUAGUGUAAGCCGAGGAAAAGCCAUGGGAGUGAAAAGAUCACCUUUAACUGCCAUUUCUUCAAAAUCCAACCACCUUCUCCUCUUCCUCCUCCUUCUUCUUCUUCACCUUCUCUUUUUGGCCUCCUAUCCGGCAGAACAAAAGAAAGAACCUCCAUGUCCAACAUACCUUUGCAUUUUCACCAUAGUAACCCACAUAAGUAUCAACUCUGCGCUACUUACAACUGUAAACCCAUAGAUUUUAAACCUUCACCGAAUUCUGCGGCUGUUAGUUUCGUUCACAGCUCCCCUGAAACCACCUCAUUCUCCAAUUCUUUUCCGCUAUUUACUUCUCCAAGUCUCCCUUCUUCAGGUCUCGGGUUUUCAAAUAAGCCCAAUAAGAUGACAAGUUUGGAUUUAGGGAAAGCCAUUCAUGCCCAGCUGAUAAAAACGUAUGGAUAUUGGAAUUCUGAUUCCAUAGCCAAAACUUUGAUUUCGAAAUACUUGGAGUUUGGUGAUCUUCGGUCGGCUUGCAUGGUUUUCUUUGUGAGUUUCGCUCGUAAUUAUGUUUAUUGGAGUUAUUUUGUAGAGGAGUUUGAGAGUUUUGGAGGGGACAAACAUGGAGUUCUUGAAGUUUUCAAUGAGUUGCACAGUAGAGUGAUGUUUAACAGUAGAGUUCUUACUGUAAUUUUGAAACUCUGUGCUAGUUUAACGUAUACUUGGCUUGGUUUGGGAAUUCAUGCUGAACUGAUCAAGAGAGGUUUUGAUCUGGACGUUUAUUUGAAGUGUGCGUUGAUGGGUUUUUAUGGAAGGUGUUGUAGUUUGGAAAGUGCUAAUCAAGUGUUUGCUGAAAUGCCAGAACGAGAAGAUCUCUUGUGGAAUGAAGCUGUUCUGGUGAACUUGAGGAAUGAGAGAUGGGAAAGAGCGAGUGAGCUGUUUAGGGAAAUGCAGUUUUCGUUUGGCAAGGCUACGGCUGGCACCUUGGUGAAGAUGCUACAAGCCUGCGGAAAUAAGGGAGCUUUCAAUGAAGGGAAGCAAAUACAUGGGUAUGUUUUGAAAGUUUCACUAGAAUCAAAUUUGUCGAUAUGCAAUACCUUGAUAGUCAUGUAUUCAAGGAAUGGCAAGCUUGAAUUAGCAAGGAAAGUCUUUGAUUUAAUGGAAGAUCGUAAUGUGUCUUCAUGGAACUCCAUUAUCUCAAGUUAUAAUGUAUUGGGUUACUUGAAUAAUGCUUGGGGCCUGUUUCAUAAAAUGAAAUCAUCAGGUGUAAAACCAGACAUUGUAACCUGGAACUGCCUUUUGUCUGCCCAUGCUCUUCAUGGCUCACACAAAGAAGUCUUGGCCAUAUUGAGAAAGAUGCAAGAUGAGGGUUUCAGGCCAAAUUCCAGCUCUAUAACUAGUGUUCUUCAAGCUGUGACUGAACUGGGGCUCUCAACUUUUGGCAAAGAAAUUCACGGGUAUAUCGUCAGAAAUGGACUUGAUUAUGAUGUAUAUGUAGGGACCUCAUUGAUAGACAUGUAUGUGAAGAAUGAUUGCUUAACCAGCGCUCAGGUAUUUUUGGACAAUAUGAACAACAGGAACAUUGUUGCUUGGAAUUCAUUAAUAUCAGGCUAUUUAUCAAAGGGCCAAUUUGAAGAUGCUACAAGAUUGUUGAAUCAUAUGGAAGAGGAGGGUAUUGAACCUGAUUCAGUGACCUGGAAUAGUCUGCUUUCUGGGUAUUCAAUUUGGGGGCACAAGGAGGAAGCUUUAGCUGUGAUUCAUCAAAUGAAAAGUUCAGGAUUAAUUCCUAACGUGGUUUCAUGGACUGCUCUAAUAUCAGGCAGUUCACAGAAAGGGAAGUACAGAGAAUCCCUUGAAUAUUUUAUCCAAAUGCAACAGGAAGAUGUCAAACCCAAUUCUGCCACCAUAUCCAGUUUACUUCGAGCUUGUGGAGGCCUGUGUCUGUUGCAGAAAGGCAAGGAGAUACACUGCAUUUGUAUAAGAAAUGGUUUAAUCGAUGAUAUAUAUGUAGUUACAGCACUGAUUGAUAUGUAUAGUAAGUCCAGCAAUUUAAACAGUGCAUAUGAAGUUUUCAGGAAAUUUGAGAACAAGACACUACCCUGCUGGAAUUGCAUGAUCAUGGCUUUUGCCACUUAUGGGCGUGGAAAAGACGCAAUUGCACUUUUUGAUGAGAUGCGUGGAGUGGGUGUCCAGCCAGAUGCUAUAACCUUCACAGCUCUCCUCUCUGGUUGCAAAAACUCAGGUUUUGUUGAUGAAGGGUGGAAAUAUUUUGAUAGUAUGAGUACGGACUACAAAAUAAUGCCAACAAUUGAACAUUACUCAUGCAUGGUAGAUCUUCUUGGGAAAGCUGGUUAUCUAGAUGAAGCUUGGGACUUCAUUCAAACAAUGCCCAUAAAGCCAGAUGCUACUGUUUGGGGUGCUCUGCUAGGAUCCUGCCGAAUCCACAAACACAUGGAAUUUGCAGAGGUUGCUGCAAAGAAGCUUUUUGAGUUAGAACCAUAUAACUCUGCUAAUUAUGUUUUGAUGAUGAACUUGUAUGCUUCGUCAAGCAUAUGGGAAGAUGUAGCACGUCUCAAAGACUUGAUGCGUGAAAAAGGAGUGAAAACCAAGCAUGUAUGGAGCUGGAUACAAAUUGAUCAGACAGUCCAUGUGUUCUCUGCAGAAGGAAAACCCCAUCCAGAUGAAGGGGAAAUAUACUUUGAGUUGUACCAUUUGGUUUCUGAAAUGAAAAAAGUCGGGUACAUGCCUGACAUCAGUUGCGUACAUCAGAACAUCGAUGAGGGAGAAAAGGAAAAGACACUAAUGAGCCAUACGGAGAAGCUGGCCAUUACCUAUGGAUUGAUCAAAACGAAGGGUAACAUCCCUAUCAGGGUGUUUAAGAACACAAGGGUUUGCCUGGACUGCCAUACAGCAGCAAAAUACAUGUCUAUUGUACGAAGGCGAGAAAUUUUCGUAGGGGAUGGUGUUCGGUUUCACCAUUUCAGAGAUGGAAAAUGUUGCUGCAAUGACUGCUGGUAAUAAAAAGCAAUAAUUGUUUUCUUGAUUGAAUAUCUCCGGACAUAACACUUCAAGCAAACAAUUUGCCCAGCCCAAGCCAAGCACGAAGAAAAAUACCAUUUGGUCUGACUUCUUGGAGGGUGGUGGAAUGCCUGGAUUAUGUAAAGCUAAGUCGUUUCGCCAAAGAAGCAAAUAAAGUUGCUGAUCGCAUAACCAAAAGAGGAGACUCUAGUAUCUUCAAGAUGGAAAAACUUUCAACCGAGUUGCUGAUCUCGCCAUGGAGUCAGAUCUACAAACAGGAAGCAAAUUUUUUGGGUAACAUGUUUAUACCGAAUUGCUGUAUGUAGAAGUUAUUAUAUUUUAAAUAAUAACUCGAGAAGAAAGUUGUCAAAUAAAAUUUCAGUUCAAUUUA